AAGAGCUGUUUGCAAAUCAGUUCCAGCGUUGGUGAAAAAGACGAACACAACAACGAGACUUUUCUUCAAAUAUACGCAAAACGGCUAGCAAUGUCUGGAGGAAGGAUGCCGAGCUGUCCUGCCUCUGUUACCAAUGGCUUCAGCUCGACCCCUGUCAAAACAGCCCAGGGGAAAGAAUUCAACACACCGAAGGGCUUUGACGACUGCGUCCCAUCCGACGAGGAAGACACCUUCUCUCUGCUUUCUCCCAUCUAUCACGACAGUUUUGACAGUGAUGAAGAGCUGGAGCCCAGCCCAUCUCAGCAGACUUCACCCAGACAGAGCCACACCUCCAGACUCAGCGUUUCACCAGUCAGAUGUGAGCUACCAAGAACACCUUCAGUGCAGAUGUUGAAUGCUGUUAAGCCAGCAGCUGCACCUUCUCUCAGUGCAUGGGAAAUGUGGCUGGUGAACAAAGCCAAAGAAGAUCGUUUCAAAUUGGAAAAACAAGCAGAGGAGGAGGAGUUACGGAAAGAAAGAAAAGAACAAGAAGAAAGGGAGCGGAAUCGCAAAAAGAUUGUCAUGGAAGAGAAGAUCCAAGACUGGCUGAAGAUGAAAACGGAACAGGAGAAGCAGGAGCAACUCCUCAAACUGAGCAAGGAGGAGGACGAGAUACGGAGGCAGCAGGAGAAACGGAGGGAGACUGAACAGAAAGCUCAACAAAAGUACAAAGUCUGGCUGCAGAAGAAGAACCAAGAGAAAAUAGAAUUGGAGAAGAAGAACAAAGAGGCAGCUGCCCUGAAGGAGGAGCAGGAGAAAGAGCGCCACAAGAGGGCAGAGGACAAGUUUAAGGACUGGCUGGCAAAAGCCAAUGAAAAAAGCAGAGCAGAUCCCAAAUCACCUUGCUACCCAACAAGUCCCUACGACAAAUCCUACUCAUCACCCAGCUUCUACAAUCCGAUCCCCUGGAAGCCGAUUCAUGUCCCUCCUCAGGAAAUAACACCGAAUAAGACAUCUGUCAAGAAACCUCAGAAACAACAAAAAUGGCAACAGAGCCCCAGCACCGCUUUAAGACUGAGGAACUCUGCCAGUGCAGCGCAGAGAAGAUGACACAGCAGUCUGUGACUGA